UGGGUGUUUGCUCCUCUGUGGGGUUUGGCUGAGCUACUUAAUUGGUGAGGUUAUGUUUAAGAAAGCUGGUGAAUGAGGGAAACGUUGUGUGCUUUUCCUCACUCACACAGUGGCACCCUUUAGUGCCAACGUGGGUGUUUAAACAAGAGCGUUUUGUUUUCACCCUCCCGCCUGAUCUGUCAAAAACUGACCAAAAACUGCCAGACGUUUGCUCCUCCCUCUUGGUGGCUCUGGUGUCCACAAAGACAGGAUCCACAUAUUUGUGAUCCUGGACCUGUUGUGCUUUCACUAUGUUGUGUCUCGAUUGACCAGCCUCCAUCUCCUCUCAUCAUUUAUAUUAUAUCUUACUUAUCAAUGUUUAUUUUGCGUCUCCAGGAAGGCCGCGAGCAGUAUGAGCUGGCUGCGACCUCGGAGCAGGUCAGCAAGAAGAAGGCGAAGGGGAAGAAGAAAGAGAAGGAUAUGGAUGAGCUGAAGAAGGAAGUGGAUAUGGAUGAUCACAAGCUGACCCUUGAUGAGCUCAAUCGCAAAUAUGGAACAGACCUCAACAAUGGUUUGACUUGUGCGAAGGCUGCUGAGAUUCUGAUUCGUGAUGGACCCAACGCCCUCACUCCUCCUCCCACCACCCCAGAGUGGGUCAAAUUCUGCAAACAGAUGUUUGGCGGGUUCUCCAUGCUUCUGUGGACUGGCGCCGUCCUCUGUUUCCUGGCCUAUGGUAUCCAGGCUGUAAUGGAGGAUGAGCCAGCUAAUGACAAUUUGUACCUGGGUGUCGUGCUUUCUGCUGUCGUUAUCAUCACUGGCUGCUUCUCCUACUACCAAGAGGCCAAGAGCUCCAAGAUCAUGGACUCCUUCAAGAACCUGGUCCCACAGCAAGCCCUGGUCGUCCGUGACGGCGAGAAGAAGUGCAUCAACGCUGAGGAGGUGGUGGUCGGUGAUUUAGUGGAGGUGAAGGGUGGAGACCGGAUCCCCGCUGAUCUGAGAAUCAUCUCCGCCCACGGCUGCAAGGUGGACAACUCCUCUCUGACCGGCGAAUCAGAGCCCCAGACUCGUACUCCUGACUUCUCCAAUGAGAACCCGCUGGAGACCAGGAACAUUGCUUUCUUCUCCACCAACUGUGUUGAAGGAACGGCCCGUGGUGUCGUGAUCAGCACCGGAGACCGUACCGUCAUGGGGCGCAUCGCCACGCUGGCCUCUGGCCUUGAAGUUGGACGCACCCCCAUUUCAAUCGAGAUCGAGCACUUCAUCCACAUCAUCACCGGCGUGGCCAUCUUCCUGGGCGUUUCCUUCUUCGUCCUCUCGCUCAUCCUCGGAUACAGCUGGCUGGAGGCCGUCAUCUUCCUCAUCGGUAUCAUUGUGGCCAACGUUCCAGAAGGUCUCCUAGCUACAGUCACUGUGUGUCUGACUCUGACUGCUAAGCGUAUGGCGAAGAAGAACUGCCUGGUGAAGAACUUGGAAGCUGUCGAGACCCUGGGCUCCACCUCCACCAUCUGCUCCGACAAGACCGGCACCCUGACCCAGAAUCGGAUGACCGUGGCCCACAUGUGGUUCGACAACCAGAUCCACGAGGCCGACACCACAGAGAACCAGAGCGGCACCUCCUUCGACAAGAGCUCUGCCACCUGGGCUGCCCUGGCCAGAGUCGCCGGACUGUGUAACCGCGCCGUCUUCCUGGCAGAGCAGUCCAACCUUCCCAUCCUGAAGAGAGAUGUGGCCGGUGACGCCUCUGAGUCGGCUCUGCUGAAAUGCAUCGAGCUGUGCUGCGGAUCAGUCCUGGAAAUGAGAAACAAAACCCCCAAAAUUUCUGAGAUCCCGUUCAACUCUACUAACAAGUACCAGCUCUCCAUUCACAAAAAUGACACACCUGAAACAGGGUCCCAGCACCUGCUGGUGAUGAAAGGCGCCCCAGAGAGGAUUUUGGACCGCUGCUCCACCAUCCUGUUGCAUGGCAAAGAGCAGCCUCUGGACGAUGAGCUGAAGGACUCUUUCCAGAACGCAUACCUGGAACUGGGGGGUCUGGGAGAGAGAGUGCUGGGUUUCUGCCACUUCAGCAUGCCUGAUGACCAGUUCCCAGAGGGCUUUGCUUUUGACACUGAGGAGGUGAACUUCCCCACUGAGAACCUGUGCUUCAUCGGCCUCAUGUCCAUGAUCGACCCUCCUCGUGCUGCUGUGCCCGACGCAGUCGGCAAAUGCAGGAGCGCCGGAAUCAAGGUCAUCAUGGUGACAGGUGAUCAUCCAAUCACAGCCAAGGCUAUUGCUAAGGGUGUGGGCAUCAUCUCCGAAGGCAACGAGACCGUUGAAGACAUUGCGGCCCGUCUGAACAUCCCAAUCAACGAAGUCAACCCAAGAGAUGCCAAGGCCUGUGUCGUCCAUGGCGGAGACCUGAAAGAUCUGGCGCCCGAGCAGCUUGACGACAUCCUGAAGUACCACACUGAGAUUGUUUUCGCCAGAACCUCCCCGCAGCAGAAACUGAUCAUUGUGGAGGGCUGCCAGAGACAGGGAGCCAUUGUGGCCGUGACA